AUGGAGAGCAGUGCCUUUGCCCUGAUCCUCACCCUGGCCCUGGCAGCACCUCUUGCCCCUGCGGAGAGGAAGUGCCUCCUCUCCGGGUCAUGGCGGAGCGACACCGGCUGUCGGAUGGUCGUGUCCACCCUCGGCGAGGACGGCAGAUUCUCCGGUUCCUACCUGCCAGGACCUGCCACUGGUGACUCUGAAAUCCUCCCCGUGCCACUGCAGGGGUCCCAGCAAGAUGCAGGGCUAGUCCCACAGCCCACCUUCUCCUUCACUGUGCACUGGCAGCUCCAAGAUUCAGAGGCAGCCCAGACAACCGUCUUCCUGGGCCAGUGUUAUGUAGGCACCAACGGGGAGGAGAUCCUGCAUGUCCUGUGGCUUUGGCGAGAGGCAACCGACAGCCCCACUGAGGACUGGAAAGCCACCCGGGUUGGCGCCAGCAUCUUCACAAGGAUAAAAUAA